GCAUUCUCUCCCAUAUUAAUUACAACUUCGUUGAUAUUGUAGCUUUAGCUUUUCGAGUUAAAGCUCAAUCAUCGUCGCCAGCUACAACAUGUUAUAUACUCGUGGCUAGUUGGGUAAAUUCCCGAAACUGCUACUGGGCUUCUCUGAUGAGUAUGCUUGCUACACCGUCUAGCUUGCGUCAUCCCCCUGGGUAUUUCACAAGAAACGUGCCAAAAGCGGGGCUCGGCAGAGCGCAGCCACAGUGGGGUAGGCGGCAACGGAAUUAGCGCAUAUAGUAUCGGAUUUAUUCUACUACAGCAAAAGGCACUCAUAUAAAAGCCGUACCUUCGGAUAUACCAGGCCACAACAACAAUAACAAGGCAAAAUGGCGACUCUCAAACGGCAGUUCCCCGACAUCGUCUUCCGAAAGCUCACGCCGCCCGCAGAGCACCCUACGUACGAGUACGACGGCUUCAAUCCCUCCGUGCAGACGCUUCCGAAAGGCCACACGCGCAAGCCAGGGCUCCGCCCCUUUGGCAUCGACACCGUAUUCGAGAAGGACGUUGCUGUGAAGCUACGCGAUGGCGUCACGAUCUACACGGACGUGUUCCGGCCAACCUCUUCGAGCGAGGAGGACGGCAAAGUUCCCGCCGUGAUCCCAUGGAGUCCGUACGGCAAAAGCGGACGAGGAUCGUUUAACUACGAUAACAUGGGCCCGUUCCGUAUGGGCCUCGCGCUGGACCAGACCUCUGGCUACGAGAAGUUUGAGGCUCCCGACCCCGCCGAAUGGGCUGAGCGCGGCUACGCGAUCGUCAAUGUUGACCCCCGCGGUGCCGGCGACUCCGAGGGCGAAAUCGCCUUCUGGGGCCAGCAGGAAGCCGAGGAUAUGUACGACUUUGUGGACUGGGUAGCCGCGCAGCCAUGGUGCAGCGGCUCAGUUGCGUUUGCCGGCAACUCCUGGCUCGCGGUCUCGCAGAUAAACUUCGCCUCCCGCUUCAAGCAUCCCGCUGUCAAGGCGCUUGCGCCUUGGGAGGGCCUGUCGGAUCUUUAUCGCCAGCAGUUUGUGCGUGGUGGCGUUCCACGCGUGGAGUUUUUUGAUUUGGUCACUCAAGGCUUUGCUGGUCAUGGCCGGACUGAGGAUCUCAAAGCAAUGUACCACAAGCAUCCGAUCUUUGAUGAGUAUUGGGAGGAUAAGGCUAUCAAGGUUGAGAAUAUUGACGUUCCGCUUUAUCUGACUGCUUCAUACUCGACCGGACUUCACUCUGAAGGGUCAUUCCAUACGUUCAUGAAAGCAAAGUCUCAGCAAAAAUGGCUCCGAGUACACGCUUCACAAGAGUGGCACGACAUCUACCGCCCAGAUGUGAAUGAUGAGCUCCAGCAGUUCUUCGACCACUACUGCAAAGGCAUCAACAACGGCUGGGAGAAGACACCCGCUUUCCGAAUUUCCCUGCUCGGCUUCACCGGAAGCCCAGCGAAGACAAUCGUCGAGCGAGCGGAAGACGCGUGGCCAAUCCCGCUCACAGAAGAGGUGAAGUACUACCUCGACAGCGCCACGAAGACGCUCUCUCCCACCGCACCAACCACCGAAGCCUCCGCAAGCUACUCCGCGCAUAGCGCAACCGACUGCCUCGACUUCACGCACACCUUCGCAGCCUACACCGAGCUGGCCGGCUACCCCGUCGCCAAAGUCUGCAUCUCCUUCGCCAACCCCAACGUCACAGACGUGCACGUCCAAAUCCGCAAGAAGUCGCGCAGCGGCACGCUCCUCGCGUCGCUCAACUUCCCCGUCCCCAUCCCCGAGCGUGACGUCCCGGACACCAACGUUGCGAAGUUCCUCGGGCCGGAGGGCAUGCUGCGCGCGGGCUGCGCGGGCACGAAGACGCUCUGCAACGGGCGCGUCGCUUAUGCGCUUGAUAGGGCCGCGGAGCCCGUGCCUGUGGACCAGGUCCUGCAGCUGGAGAUCCCGAUUUGGCCGCUGGGUAUGGUGUUUGAGGCGGGCGAGGGCGUCGUGUUGAGGGUUGCGGGAAGGGAGUUGCGCCUGCCGGAGUUGGAGGGUCUGGAGAGGGGGAGUGGGGGUGAGGAGGGGGAGAGUGCGAGGUGCACGCUGCAUACUGGGGGGAGGUGGCAGAGCUGGGUGCUGCUGCCUGUUAUUCCUUGAGGGGUUGGGUGGCGGUGCUGGGGCUUGGUCGUCCUGGGUGGAGUGUGCAGAGGAUCAAUUACCUGAUCUGGUUAGUGUGAGUUUUACGCGACUUUGGCAAUUGCUUUGGGGCUUUGUUGCUUGUUUCACUAAACCUUUCUUUCUUUCUCCACCUACGCUUUGUCUAUCCAUUGUUCCUUGCUUUGGUUGACUGUUCUCUUUGCUUUUACCAAACCCC